UUUUCUCUUGGCUAUGGAUGUUGUGAUUGUCCGUAGGUGGUAGAUGGUCUCUGACUGUCGAACGCGGAGGUACCACCCGGCGGUUCUCGUAGGCGGAGCCAGAAUGUGUGCAUGUUGCAUGCACACGUAUUCCCUCGCCAGAGUCCGUGUGGCGUUCCCCCUUUUCCCCGUAUCCCCCUAUAGCCCCACUGCCUUCGUGGUAGUUGGAGUAUAUAUAUAAAAAAAAAUAAUA